AAGCAGAGGUGAAUAUAGUAUAAAGUUUGAUUGGAGAUUGGUGACAUAUCUCAAAGAUGGGCUGCAACUUAUGUAAUACACCUGUGCAGUUUGCCACACUUUUCCUUGCUCUACUUGUAUUAGCACAGACUCAAGACACAGUAGAUCCAAGUCUCCGAAGACCUCCAAGCAUUGAAGUGCAGCCAACUGAAAAAUGGGGACAGAAACACAUAUACACGUAUAGUCAAAAUCUCCAAAUAGAACUGCCUUGUUCUGCAUCUGGAACGCCAAAACCAGAGUAUAUAUGGAAGAAGGAUGGUGUAGAGAUUGCAAGGUUGAAGGAUGAUGGAAAGUAUUUAGUAACGCAGUUGAGAGAAAAUAAUGGACGUUACCAGUGUUUUGCGGAGAAUCUUUAUGGGACAGCUCUUUCUGAUAGUAUUGAGUUAGUUGUUGCAGAUAUUGGCCCUUUCUCCGAUGAUCAGACAAUUAGAAAGACAGUAAAAGAAGGUGAACCCUUGAAGUUACAUUGCAAUGGUCUGCCUGCUAGUGUACCUGAUCCCAAAAUAACAUGGGCUGUAUCUAAGGAAAGGGGAGAUACAUCUCCUAUUACAAUCCAAGUUGAUAAUCGCCUUUCUAUUGAUGAUGAAGGAGCCCUCCACUUUGCUUACACCACAAUGAGUGAUAAUAAAUUCAAUGAUCAGAUGGAACGAGGUCUGUAUACAUGUAAUGCCUACAAUGGCUUCCUGUUGGCAUCGUACGGAGGGAGCUUCCACGAGUUGACAGUCAAUAUAAAUGCUGCUGCAGUUGACACACCAGCAAAAAUGGAAUGGAGCACUCCAAGUCCUGUUACGGCACUUGUCACGAAGGAAUUGGUUAUCAAGUGUAUUUGCAUUGGCAAGCCGUCACCAUCCGUGUCAUGGGAGAGAGUUGGUAGCAGAUUGCCUGGAGCACCAAGGCAGCUGGUAAGAGAUAGUGGCAGGGAACUUGUGAUUAGCCCAGUACAAGAUGAUGAUGAGGGAGAGUAUAGGUGCAGAUGCACUAAUGGUGUCAAUGGCGGUAGUGCCCAGGAGAGAACAAUAAUGGUCAAUGUUGAAUCUGCAGCACAAUGGGUAAUUCAGCCUUUGAAUAAGAAUGCUACAGAAGCAAAGGCAGCAAGUUUCAUAUGUAGGGGAAGUGGGGAACCUGUCCCUACCAUUCAGUGGCUUAAGAAUGGACAGCCAAUUGAAGCUAUUAACGACAAGAGAGUAACUGUAUCCCCAGAUGGAACAAACCUGACAAUAGCAGACCUUAAAAAAGCCACAGACUUGAUGGUUGUCCAAUGUAACAUCUCAAACAUCCAUGGAUACGCAUUCGGGGAUGCAUAUCUCAAUGUUCUUGAACCAACAGUGUUUGUUCUUCAACCAACCAAUGUUCAGUUGGACCCAGAAACUGAUGUAAUAUUCAAGUGCCAGGCAAAGACUGACCCCAGUCUAAGAAUCACUAUUGAUUGGCUAAGGGAUGGCGAACUGAUUGUAUACAAACAGGACCAGAUCUUCAAGAAUGAUGAGAACUCUUUAGUGAUCAUGACCAGUCAGAUGGAUGACAAGGGAGCCAAGUAUGCUGACAGCACAUACACCUGUCAGGCACAGACAGCUAUGGGGGCUGAACAGGCAAAUGCUAGACUCGAGUCUAUAAUAGGACCAGGUGGAGUGACUGGAGCAAGUACGGGUUUCCCAUGGUAUAUAAUUGUCAUUGUUGCUGUUAUCCUGCUUAUCAUUAUCAUCUUCUUGAUUUGUUGCUGCUGCUUGAGAAAUAACAAAGGAGACUCAUACCCAGUUGACAGAAAUGAGAGAAAGGCUGGGCAUGAUCCUGAAAAAGAAAUGGCUGACAGUGGCUUCCAUGAUUACACUCGGCCUGAGGACCAACCCGGUGCUAGAAGUAGGGCCUCUAUCAGCUCUAGCAUCAAGUAUGACAGUGAAGAAGACGAAGAACUCGACCAAUAUGGAGAUAUUGACACUGGAAAAUUCAACGAGGACGGAUCCUUUAUUGGUUUAUAUGGCCAAGAUAAGAAAAAGAAGAAAAGGAGAGAUGAUGAUAAUACCUAUGAUAAUAGUGUGAUGUUACCUCCCGCCCCCGCUGAUACCACCGUGUAAUGCCUUCAUUGAUACUCGUCCCGUUGAUUCAGAUUCCUUCAGGGUGUGUAAUCCAGCAGAGAAUAAAGAGAAUAAAAAUAUCCCAAAAAAUUUCUAAAAAACAAUGGACUUUCUAAUCUAGAGAAUGUUUUCAAAAUUCUAGAUUUUCCAGGAUUAACAAUGGCUUGACCAGAGAAGGACUUGGUUCACCAUGAAGAAUUUUUUUAAGGAAAUGGUGAAAUGCAAAUUGAGAGAUAAAUAUGUAUAUAAUGAACUAUUUUUCAAUUCAUGUAUUUUUACAAUGUUUUUUAACUGUCAAUUUAGAAAAAUUGUAUGAUUUUAUUUGGUGCUUUUUAAAUUUGGAUGCGAUGUUUUAACAUUCCUUUUUACUAUCACAACUGGGAACAAAAUGAAAUGUAUUAACUUUUUACUAUUCAUCUUUAAAAUCAUUAAAUAUCAUUUCUGACCUAUUACAAAUUACAUUCCUUUGAAAUCAUCCUGAAAACUGAUUUACUUUUUUGUAGUAGUAGUAAACAUACUGCAUGUUGAGUUUUUUCUACACUGGCCAAAUCUCUUACACCACAUAUGUGUAGAUGACUUUAACUCACUUAGAAUGCAGACUUGUGUCCUCUGUUAUGUUGUGUGCCGAUCUUCAGAACGUGGCAAAGUGUAAAUUGGUCCCGGGUUGUGGGUGUUAAAUAAAUAUAUGUAUAUCUAAAUCUAUCAUGUCUAACAUGACUGUUAUCUGUAGACACUAAACACUUUUGUAAUAUUUGUAGUUGGAACUAUGGUGAUAUAAUCACAUUUUCUGGACCAUAAUGUACCCAUUCUAAUCACAGCAAACAUGACACCCCAGAUGUAAUAUAUUAUUACUUGAUUCGCUUGAAGUUGAUUUGGUGUUGUCUUUGUGUUUCACACUGAAUUCCACAUGUAAUCCAUCUGUUGAAUAGUACAGUAAAAACCUGUUUGGUGGAGUAAAACUAAGUAUUUUUUGAGUCACAUUUGGAUUAUGUGUAGAAUUAGUGUGAUUCUUUCAAGGCCACCCUUUAUGUGAUUAUAUUGUACUUGUUUGUGCUUUUAGAGUUCAGUUGCACUUCAGUGCAGUUGCUUGGAGUAUUUCAUAUAGCACUAGUAGGGAAUACAAGUGUUGGUUUUACAAUAUUAAUUUAUAAAAACCAUCUAGGACGCAAUCAUAUGAUCAGCUAAGAAAAAGAAAAAUUACUUAAGUGAAAACAGGGAAUUUGUGCCCUGUUCCUUGGCCAAUGUACCUGACUGUCAAAAUCAGCAAACAAAGCAUUUUAGUUCAUUAGGGACACAUUUUAGAUAGUUUAAAUUGUUCAUUGAUAGUAGAUUUUUAUGUGUUAUAAAGUGUUUGUUUUGUGUAUGAAAUCUGCAUCAUAGUUGUAAAUAGUCGCGUAGAUGUAUCAUGCAUAAAUGUAUCUCAUUGACCAUUGUAUUAUAGGAUAUGUAGGUGGUAAUGUACUAGCAUGAGGUCAUAUUGUCCUCUGUGUAUCUAUAUAUGUAAACGCUUAUUGUUUCAUGACCUCAUACUAGCACAUGACCAACUAAGCAAUACUGCGAAUUUCCGCAGAUUAUUUUGUAUAAUAAACAUUAUAGGAUCUCAAAGUGUUAAUAUUAGCCCUGCGUACAAAAAUAUUGUAAAUAUAAUAUUAAUGUUUGUACGUGUGAAAGGCGUUAACCUAGAGAUGAAAAAUAAAGUGUUCAUAUCCCGUAGGGUCAUUUUUAACAUGGGCCUAUCUAAUGUAUAAAAUGAAAAGCAGUCUUGUAUGAUACAACAUGUUUGUAUAUAUUGGUAACAAACCAGUAGGCAAUCUACAUUACAGUGUGUACAUUAUGCUGUAUGAAAACCACCCUAAAAUAUAGGCUUUAAUGUCUAUGGCAAAUUUUGUCAGUGUGUGCUACUUCGCAAUUAGUUGGUUGUAACUGCAUCUAGUUUUUCUCUACUAAGAUCAUGCGAAAAUCAAAGAAACCCAGUCCUUUUGAAAUAUAAGUGUUUCACAGUAUAAAUUCCAGAAUAAACUUGAUUCUGUAUGUAUGCUCAGUAAUGUACCUUGUCCUGGAAUAUGUAUCUUUUGUAUCUGUAUAUAAGCAAUGCAUUUAAAUGUAAUCAUAAUU